AUGCCUCGAAAAAAUGCCCCGAAACCUUUUAAACGUGCCAAACUAUCAGGAAUCGGACGAUUUUUUAAGGAUCCACAGCAAGUUGAGCAAACCAGUACCCUAACAAGUCACGCAUCGUCUGAUUCUGGUAACAAUCUACCUUCCACGCCAUCGACGUCAAUUGUAAAUCAGCGGCAAAGUGACGUAAUUCAUGUCCACAAUCCUCCAACGUCUUUGGCAGAGUUCGCAGAAAAUGACGAAGUGGAAAGCCAAGGGAUAUCUUGUGCGGCUAUAUCUCGACCCUCGCUGCCCAAUGAACAACGACCUUCCUCUGUAGUAUCUGGCUCUAACAAUUUGCUCACAAGUAACAGAUGCUCACCUGCAACAGUUUCGGCUUCGAGUCCAUUGACUGCAAAAUCGAACAAUUUCCUGAAUUUGAACAAGCCUAAUCAUCCAGAAGUGUCUGUUAUCCCUGCUCAGAAAUUAUCAAGGCGAACACUUUAUUUUCAAUCAGAGUGGUAUAAAGAUUACGAAUGGAUUCAUUAUGAUCUUGAUUUGAAAAUAAUUAUGUGCUUCCACUGUUCAAAAGCUAGUGCUAUGGGGGCAAUAGAUUUAGCCCAUAAUAAAGAUCCGGAAUUUAUUUCAGAAGGAUUCAACAACUGGAUUAAAAGCAAUUGA